AUGGCUGCAUCAAGAUCGGCUCUGCUCAUUGGGACCAUCUCUCACGCUCGCAAGGAAUGGGAAGCUUUGGGUUCCUUCCUCACAUUGAAGGAAUACCCAUCAGGCUCAAGAGAAGACUUCCUAUCAAAGGUCAAGGCCGGCGAGUACGAUGAUGUUGUGGCCAUUUAUCGAUCGAACGAAUCUACGAGCGUUACUGGUCCUUUCAACAAAGAGCUGGUACAGAGCCUGCCCAAGUCUUUGAAAUACAUCACACACAACGGAGCUGGAUAUGACAAUAUCGAUGUUGCUGCAUGUACCGAAAAGGGUGUUGGAGUUAGCAGUACGCCGAUUGCUGUCAAUGAAGCGACGGCAGAUGUCGCCAUAUUCCUCUUGCUCGGCGCUCUACGAAGAAUCACCGUGGCAUUCACCAACGUUCGAAAGCAAGAAUGGAGAGGUAAAAACUUCGCUCUAGGCCACGACCCCAAUAAGAAAGUCCUCGGUGUCUUGGGAAUGGGAGGCAUUGGAAAAGCAGUGGCACAUCGUGCGAAAGCAUUCGGCAUGUCAAUUCAAUAUCACAACCGUAACCGGCUGCCGGAGAGUGAAGAAGAGGGAGCGAAAUACGUCUCGUUUGAAGAACUCUUGAAGACUUCGGAUGUCCUUACCCUCARCUUGGCGCUGAAUGCAUCGACACGGCAUAUCAUCUCGAAGCCGCAGUYUGAUAUGAUGAAGGAUGGUGUGGUCAUUGUCAACACCGCUAGAGGGCCCAUCAUUGACGAAGCUGCGCUUGUGGAUGCUCUCAAGGAGGGUAAAGUGUUUUCUGCUGGCUUGGAUGUGUUUGAGGAAGAGCCGAAGAUUCACCCUGGUUUGAUCGAUAAUGAGAAUGUGGUGUUGCUGCCGCAUAUUGGAACUGCGACUUGGGAAACGCAGAAGGAUAUGGAGUUGCUGGUCUUGGAGAACUUGAAGUCGGCGGUGGAAGGCAAAGGACUUGUCACGCAGGUUCCGGAGCAGAAGAAGCCAACGUCGAAGAUGUAG